UUCACCCCCGGGAAUUUGGUGGGAGCCCAGGACAGAGCCGAGCCUCAUCUCACUUGAUGCAAACAGUGCAUACAGCCAUGAAGAUUUAUUGGAUUCUUGCGCUAUUUCUAACUGGCGUUUCCUCUGUCUAUGUGGUUCUGAAUCACCCAACAUCACUUCCUUGCAGCAGCGGUGAAAACGUCGUGUGGCACAAGACCUUCCCCAUAGAAGCAACAGUUGCUGAAUGCCAAAAGGAGAAAUGCAUCAUAAAAGAACGUUUUAAGGAAAGAUUCACAGUCAUGCAUGAGAAAAACUACUCUCUAUUUCUCAAGUCAGCAAAGUACAAUGACCUGGGGCAAUACGAGUGUAGCUGUGAUGGCUUAAUCAAGCAAGUUAACCUAGAGGUUGUAGUUCCCAUAAACGUGACAGCCGUUGAGUUGGGAAACGUCACUCUCCCGUGUUAUGCGGACACUCAGAGCGAUGUCAGGGAUGGGACAUGGCUACAUAAUGAACAGAACGCUCUGCACUACACAACAAAUAGAGCCACAAACCCAGGCCUGGGCUACGAGGACAGAGUAUCGCUGACGGAGGACGGAUUCAGAGACGGCGAUCUGUCUCUGACCAUCACUGAAGUCCAGCAGACAGACGCGGGAUUAUACCGCUGCUUCGUCCGUGAUGAGACGGCUAAAGGAUACCCACAUGCCUACAUGCUGCAUGUGAUCG